AACUCCACGCCCCCUUUCUUCUCCGUCAGAAAACACAAAACAAUCAGCCAAUUUUUCUUGGUCAAGACAUUGAAUGUCUCAAUCUCUGCAAAAUUGAGCUCGGAGAUUCAGACAGCAUCUCAAGUUUGUGCUCUGAGUUUUCAGACAUUUUCCAGUCCUUAGGGUUUCUGUUGACACUGCUGGCUUUUGUGGUAUCGUGUCUCCCGGCACCGACAUUGUUACCUGUUUCUGCACUAAGCAUUUUAGCUGUUGAAUUAUCAAUAGUGUAUUGGUCAACGAUCAGUAGGAGAAGUUUGGAACCAAAUCUCGAACAUCUUAUUAGCUGAAAUGUUGAAUUGUUGGAUGUGAUUGGGUUACACAUGAGUAGAUCUUGUCGUGAGUGAGCUUAUUAUAGCUGACUUUUGUCUCGCAGGAAGCUCUCAAGGGUUGUUUUUAGAAACUAGGGAACGUGAUAAUGGCUAGCAGCGAGAAUAUUGAGAAAUCGAGUAAGGAGAAGGAACCUAAAACACCGCCUUCUUCUUCUGCUGCUCCUCCCGCUUCACAGGAACCUUCGUCUGCUGUGAGUGCUGGCAUGGCUACUCCAGAUUGGACUGGUUUUCAGGCAUAUUCUCCUAUGCCGCCACCUCAUGGUUAUGUGGCUUCAAGUCCCCAACCUCACCCUUAUAUGUGGGGAGUUCAGCAUAUGAUGCCUCCUUAUGGAACUCCGCCUCAUCCGUAUGUUGCAAUGUAUCCCCCUGGUGGCAUGUAUGCACAUCCUUCAAUGCCUCCGGGUUCUUAUCCAUAUAGCCCUUAUGCUAUGCCUUCUCCAAAUGGAAUGACCGAAGCUUCUGGCAAUAGUACAGGCGGCACUGAGGGUGAUGGUAAGCAAUCUGAAGUGAAGGAAAAAUUACCCAUCAAAAGAUCAAGGGGAAGCUUGGGAAGCUUGAACAUGAUUACAGGAAAGAACAAUGAACCUGGGAAAAACUCGGGAGCAGCAGCUAAUGGAGCUUACUCAAAAAGUGGGGAGAGUGCUUCUGAUGGUUCAAGUGAAGGAAGUGACGGAAACUCUCAAAAUGACUCAGGAUCUGGACAAGACGGAAAGGAUGCAUCUGAGAAUGGUGGUACUGCUAAUGGUCCCCGAAAUGGAAGUGUUGGUACACCUCUUCUACCGGUGAGUCAGACCGUGCCAAUAAUGCCAAUGACAGCUGCAGGUGUUCCAGGUCCACCAACAAAUUUAAAUAUUGGGAUGGAUUAUUGGGGUGCGCCUACUUCAUCUGCUAUCCCUGGAAUGCAUGGGAAAGUAUCUACACCAGUUCCUGGAGUUGUUGCUCCAGUCUCGCGAGAUGGUGGUCAUUCACAACCCUGGUUACAGGACGAUAGAGAACUUAAGCGACAGAGACGGAAGCAGUCCAAUAGGGAGUCUGCACGAAGAUCCAGGUUGCGUAAACAGGCCGAAUGUGAUGAGCUGGCCCAACGCGCUGAGGUGUUGAAUGAAGAAAACACAAAUCUCAGAGCAGAAAUCAACAAGCUCAAAAGCCAAUGCGAAGAGCUCAGCGCUGAGAACACCUCUCUUAAGGACCAACUUUUAUUAUUCCCUCCACUUGAAGGCAUGAACAUGGAAAAAGACGGCCAAGGACCAGACACCGAUCAAACAGGUGGCGAAGAGCGAAAGGUUGAUUGUUACAAAGACUCAACGUGAAAAAGACAUACAGCAAAAUCAAUUCCUAACACAGGUAUAAAAAGUAGCAGCAGCAGCAACAACAACCUCCGUGGUUCAUUGCUAACACAUGGUUGUAGGAUUUUAGAUUUUCAGAGAUCGAUUGGUUCGGAAUAGCUCUUUAGCUUUCUUGAGGGUUGCGGUCCAGUGUGUGUGUAUGUUACUAAAUUAGAUUUUGGGAGAAAAAUUUCCCUUCUUUUAAUGGUUUACUACUUGCAGAAGUGAAUUAUAGGCAAUGUGCUUCUCUGUAUCAAAUUUUUACCCUUUUCUUUUUGUUUUAUUAGAUUUUUUCGAUUUGUUUUUCUU